UCGAAUCCAGUUUAUUACACAUAAAUUAUAUCAAACCAUUCACAAGCAAGCUUAAACUCCCAAAAACUUUUUCUAAAUUUCCGGCUUAAAAAUUUGUUUAAUUAUUAUACCCUUAAUUAAAAAUGAAUUAUUUUGAAAUGUUGUUAGGUAUCCUAUUAUUCUUGAUCUCCUUUGUUGUGUUUUGGUACAUAUAUGAAGACAAAAAUGGUCUCCCAACAAAUUGGGCAUUUGUCGGCAUGCUGCCUGCAGUCUUAAAAAAUAUACACAGAUUUCACCCAUUUUGUAUUGAAAUCAUGCAAAAAACAAACUUAACAUUUGAAUUUAAGGGGCCUUGGUUUGGCAACAUGAAUAUUUUAGGUACUCUUGAUCCUGCCAAUGUUCAUUAUGUUUUUACCCAAAACUUCACAAACUAUCCAAAAGGUCAGAAAUUUAGAGAUAAUUUUGAUUAUCUUGGUGAUGGCAUUUUUAAUGCGGAUUUUGAAGAUUGGGAAUACCAUCGAAAUAUCAUUUUAAAUUAUGUUAGACAUCCUAAUUUUCACCAAUUUUUUGUGAAAAAAACUUGGGAUAAGCUUAAAAAUGGACUUAUCCCAGUGUUUGAUCAUGCAUACAAACAUGAUAUCCAAUUCGAUUUACAACAUAUGUUUUCUAGAUUUGUGUUUGAUGUUGAAUGCUCCAUUUUCAUGGAUCAUGACCCGAAAACACUUUCAAUGGAUCUUCCUAAAACACCCGUUAAUGAUUCAUUGAAUGAGAUUUCAGAAGCGGUUUUCUAUAGGCAUGUCUUACCUGGUUUUAUAUGGAAGUUCCAAAGAUGGGUUUGUAUUGGACAAGAGAAAAAGUUUAAGAAAGCUAAAAAAGUUCUUGAUGACUUUAUUUAUGAUUGCAUAUUUAACUUGAAAAAAGAUUAUAAGUGCGUAAAAAUGGAAGAAAAUGAGGUAAGUGUUGAUCUUUUAGCAUUAUAUAUGAAAGAAAAAAAAGGAGAUAAGUUUGUAAGAGAUGCAAUUUUAACUAUUUUUUUAGCUGGAAGAGAUGGAAUUAUAAUUACAUUAUCGUGGCUUUUUUACCUUCUUUCAAUUAACCCACAAGUUAUUGUUAAGAUUAAAAAGGAAUUAGAUAAUGCAAACCCAAUUAAUUGGGAAGAUCAUAACGAGGUAAAUUCCAAGCUUGUAUAUCUUCAUGCUUCUAUUUAUGAAACGUUGAGAUUAUAUUCUCCUAUUGCUUUUGAAGCUAAGAAUCCUCUAAAGCAAGAUAUACUCCCUAGUGGUCACCAUGUGGGCCCCAACACCCAGAUUAUAUUUAAUUUGUACGCGAUGGGAAGGAUGAAAUCCAUAUGGGGAGAUGAUUGUAAUGACUUUAAGCCUGAGAGAUGGAUAUCGGAAAAAGGGGUGUUUCGAUACCAGCCAUCGUACAAGUUUUUCGUGUUUAAUGCAGGGCCGAGGACAUGCAUGGGUAGAGAAAUGGCUCUUACUCAAAUAAAGCUUGUUGCAGCAACGAUAAUCCAAAACUAUGUUAUUGCACCAGUUGAAGGACAACAUAUUGUUCCUGAUUCAAAUAAUAUACUCCUUGUCAUGAAAAAUGGUUUUAAGGUUAAGAUAUAUCCUUCUCUUCAAUGAUAAAUGUACCUCUAAAAAAUGUAAACCAAACUUGUCUUUAAAUUGUAUUUUUGCUUUGUCGUGAUUAAUAAUGAUAUGUGUUUUGCAUUAUAUAUUAUUGUAACGUCAAUUAUAUACUACAUGUCCAAGUGCUAAAAUCUCUUUAUUUGGUGAUUCUCCAUUUGCAUUGUAAUAAAAUAAUCAUUGUAUUUUGCAGACUUUCUUUUUAAUUUAAAGAAAUUAGUUUGUAUUCUAUU